CCACGCCUGCCCCAGCUCCCCCAAAUCUCACGUUGUCCUCUUCGUUUCCACUUUUUUCCAUUAAAAAAACCCCAAAAUUCAACCCCCCCCCCCACCGCCGAUUCUCUCUCCGCCGCCGGAGUGAUCACACCUUUCCUUAAUCCUUCUUCCAUCCAAUUGCCUCGGGCACACAUCCCCAAUCGCACAGUGCGACUAACAGAAAAAGGCGUAGCGCCAAAAUUGGAGCCCUACAAUGGGGGUGGAUUACUACAACAUCCUCAAAGUCAACCGCCACGCCAGUGUCGAAGAUUUGAAGCGAGCCUACCGCCGCUUGGCGAUGAUUUGGCAUCCCGAUAAGAAUGCGAACAAGCAGGAAGCCGAGGCCAAAUUCAAGCAGAUUUCCGAGGCCUACGAUGUCCUCAGCGACCCGCAGAAGCGCCAGAUCUACGAUCUAUACGGUGAGGAGGGGCUCAAAUCGGGCCAAUGUCCGCCUCCGCCGCGCAGUACGCGGGCAAACAACCAGGGGUUUCAGUACAAUAACCAUCAGCAGCAUCCCAACCCUAAUUUCAGAUUUAAUCCCAGGAAUGCGGAUGAUAUUUAUGCCGAGUUUUUUGGAGAGAGCAGUAAUGGGAAUGCCGGCGCUGGUGGAACUAGUAGUAGUAGUGGUGCCGGGAGGAGAGAUGCGUUUUUUAGAAGCACGACGAUGAAUGGUGGGGCUAGGGAGACUUCGGGUGGUGGAGGAUUGAGAAAGGCGUCGCCUGUGGAGAAUACGCUGAUGUGUAGCUUGGAUGAGUUGUAUACUGGCUCGACGAGGAAGAUGAAGAUUUCAAGAACUGUUCUUGAUUCUCAUGGUAGGACUCGUAUGUUGGAUGAGAUCCUGACUAUUGACAUAAAACCUGGUUGGAAGAAGGGCACGAAGAUUACUUUCCCAGAGAAGGGCAAUGAAGAACCUGGCGUGAUUCCUGCAGAUCUCAUUUUCGUAGUAGAUGAAAAACCUCACUCGGUUUAUGCAAGGGAAGGGAAUGACUUGGUGGCGAAGCAGGAGAUAACUCUCCUCGAGUCCCUCACUGGGAAGAGUUUUGAGCUUACCACACUGGAUGGCCGUACCCUAACAGUCCCUUUAACGGAGAUUGUGAAACCUGGACAUGAGAUUUCUGUCCCUAAUGAAGGGAUGCCCGUAUCGAAGGAUCCUAGGAAAAGGGGAUGUCUGAGGAUUCAAAUUGACGUGAGAUACCCCAAAAGGCUGACCGAAGCCCAAAAAUAUGAACUGAGGAAGGUUUUGGGAGGAAACUCGUGAUAUCAUCUCCUGAAUCAUACGAGUCGCACUAUUAGUACAGGCAAAUGGUGCAGCGUUCAGGUGUAAAUACCGAAAAAGGUUGCUGCUAUUGAAGUAUGUGAAUAUUAGAAAGAUGUUGAAAAUUCCAUUCCAUGCCUCUUGCUGAAGUAAGCAGAUACCAAUUAUGAGUGUUGGUGGGAUAAGAAGAUGUUCAUUAUUCGUUUCUUGCUUAUUUUUUUUCCUCCUUGGAGGUUAAUGGCUUUCUUUCUACUUGUGGACUAGAUUUAAUUGUGCUUAGCAGAGAUGAUUGAGAUUUUUUGUUGCUGAACAGAUUUAAGUUUCUUAUAUAGGGUAUCAUCCAGCUAAUAAAAAUUUGAUCCAUCC